AUGACCCUGCUGCGGGAAGAUCUCCAGGGCGCCGACCCCCGCCUGGUAGCCGGGCGCCUGGAGCUAGUCUCUGGCUGGCUUCACUCAGACGUUUCCAUUCGGGCAGCGACCUCCGAGAAGGACAAGCAAGUCGCUGCUCAGGCUUCGGCCGCUCGCGAGGUGGCGCUGAAAGAUGUCGAGGCCGCCCAGGAUCGCUGCCGGGUGCUGGAGGCCGAACUGAAGACUCGGUGCAGUGAGCGUGCGGAAGAAGCUCGAGGCCGCAAGGCGGAGGAGGAGAAGAUGAAGGCUCGGGAGGACGCCAUGAAGGGUCGUGAUGCCGAGUUGGAGCAGUUGGCGAAGGCGCAGGCCACGGAGCACAGCCGGCCGGAGAAGCUGGAGCAGAAGGUGGAAGCGGAGAAGGCCAAACUUGACGCCAAGGAGAAGGUCCUGGCCGAGGACCGCGCAGCCUUCGAGCUCCUCGAGGAGAGGUCUCGCAAGGCGCUGUGGUCGCUCUAUGAGAAGGGCUUGGAGGAACCGCUGGCUACCGCCAACGAGGCGACCUCCGAGAAGGACAAGCAAGUCGCUGCUCAGGCUUCGGCCGCUCGCGAGGUGGCGCUGAAAGAUGUCGAGGCCGCCCAGGAUCGCUGCCGGGUGCUGGAGGCCGAACUGAAGACUCGGUGCAGUGAGCGUGCGGAAGAAGCUCGAGGCCGCAAGGCGGAGGAGGAGAAGAUGAAGGCUCGGGAGGACGCCAUGAAGGGUCGUGAUGCCGAGUUGGAGCAGUUGGCGAAGGCGCAGGCCACGGAGCACAGCCGGCCGGAGAAGCUGGAGCAGAAGGUGGAAGCGGAGAAGGCCAAACUUGACGCCAAGGAGAAGGUCCUGGCCGAGGACCGCGCAGCCUUCGAGCUCCUCGAGGAGAGGUCUCGCAAGGCGCUGUGGUCGCUCUAUGAGAAGGGCUUGGAGGAACCGCUGGCUACCGCCAACGAGGGCCCCGACGGGGCGCAGGUCGCGGCCGCCAUGCCCACCUUCGGCGAGCGCGGACUAGUGCCGCCGGCGCCCCCUGGUGUCCCGACGGCGACGGCGCCGGUGGUCGUGUCUUCUGGCGAUUCUCGCAGGGAGGGGGAAGAGGAGGAGGACGAGGAGCGCGACUCGGAGGGGACCCCCGAAGGGAUGGGGGACACCUCUCCCUUGCACAAGGCCGACAUCCUCCGCACCUUGCGUGAUGAUGAUGACGAGGCUGAUGUCCCCCCGGAGGGAGAGGAGCCGCUCGUGGCUGGGGGCUCCUCGAGGUCCAAAGCCAACCCUCAGAGGAGGCCACCGGCUGAGCCUGGAGCUGCCUCCGGCCCAUCUGCUGCCCCUUCUUCCGCUCCUGGAACCCGCGUGCCUGCGCCUCAGGCUGCGAGGCUCUCAGGCUUCAAGCCUAAGAAGUGGAGGGACUACGCGGCGGUGCACCAGCCGAACCCCGCGGCAAAGAAGAGGAAGGAGGACGAGGUGGUACUGCUUGAGACCAGAUCGCAUCCUUUGACCGCAACCCUCUCCAUGGAUAAGGGCAAUGACGGCGCUCGUGCUUCUCCAGCCUGA